AUGGAGGAAUACAAAAGAGAAUUUUGUGAUAAAGGCGUCGCUGGAGUCAAUGAAAAACUCAGCAAAGAAUUACAGAAUUGGACUCAUAUCGAGCUUCACACGGCAGUCGUUGGGAAUUCAGGGACAGGAAAAUCAUCCUUUAUCAAUUCUAUUAGAGGUUUGAAGCCCAAACACCCCGCAGCAGCUAAGGUUGGCAUUAACGAAACUACAGUCACCUGUGUACCGUACAAUCACCCUGAUAACAAAAGCUUCAUUGUCUGGGAUGUUCCCGGCGUUGGAACACCAAAAUUUUCUAAAGAGAAGUACUUAAAAAAGAUUGGGUGUGACAAAUACGACUUUUUCAUCAUUAUUAGCAAAAGCAGAUUCACAGAAAACGACUUGUGGCUGGCACUUGAAAUACAGAAGCGAAACAAACAAUUUUUCUUCGUCCGUUCAAACGUCGAUAAAGAUAUUGAAGAUGACAAAGAAGAUAACCCCAACUUCCUCGAUGAAAACGAAGUUCUUCAGUCAAUAAGACAGAAAACAGUGACAGAGCUAGGAAGAAAUGGGCUGAAAUCACCGAAGGUUUUUUUGAUAAACAAUCGCCGGACAGACAUGUUCGACUUUGGCAAACUAAACAAUGAGCUUCUAUCAUCCUGCGAUGGUUUGAAGAAGGAUACAAUGGCAUUGUCUUUAGCCGCAGUUACAAAAGAGGUUUUGACGGAAAAGAAAAGAGUUCUUGAAGGAAGAAUACAUCAAAUUGCUUUAGCUGUAGCUUCAAGUAGCGGAGAAUAUGAGCAAAAAGGAAGAUUUCGAGAGGAAAUCGAUUUUUAUAAAAAGCAGUUUAAUAUUGAUGAGGUUACUUUGGCGGAAAAUAAAGAAAUACUUACACUGUCGGAGAAAAACAUUCAAGAAUUCAAGGUUGUAUUUGACAAAUAUUCGUCUGAUGGCCAGAUGUCAAUUAAAACACCAACAGCUAGGAGGGCAGAAGCAAGCAAAUGGGACCGUUUUAAAGAUUUCUUUACAUUGUCAGAAAAGAAUACGCUUCUCUGUGAAUAUUGCGAAGUUGCUCUAAGGAGUAAUGUUGAUAAAUUGUACAGGAAAGCAUGCAGCUUGUACGACCUGAAGAGAACAACGCAAAUGGUUCACGCAGUCACCAUAAAGCAGCAGACAUAA